AUGGGUUUGGGACGGAAGGCCCGUUCCCCAGUCUGCUUGGUGGCGGCUGUUUUUCUAAUAUAUUAUAUGGCGCCGCUUGCGGACUGCCUUCGACUGAGGAAAGCUCAGAGACCAGCAGCGAAGAGAGAGGAUGUUCAUUCUCCCACCGCUACUGUCCAAGAAGGAAAAAUUGUGCUUGGGAACGUUUUGGAGAGCUCGGAUAUCGACAGAAAGUCGUCAUCUAAUGAGUCACUGGAUGACGAAUCAAAUCAUCAGGCAGACUUCGCAGGUUGGACCCAGGAGGCUGAUGUGGAUGAAGCCAACAGGGAGUUAUGGGAACACUUGGGGGCGUAUCUGCAUUGUUAUGAUGACCACAUGAAGUUCAGGUCACUUGGAACAGAGGCUUCACAACUUUCAGUGGUGCAAGCAAAUGAACCUCCAAUACCUCUGUCCAUGGUUCCUCCUAAAUGUGGCUACAGGAUAUAUGGAUCCUCAAUAACAUUCAUUCUGAUUGUUCCAUUUGAAGGUUGCAACAUUAUUCAGCAGGGUGGAAAUCACAUACUCCCUCUACUCUGGCAAGGCCAGCCACUGUCCCUGCUGUGUCCUGAACAUAGGGGGCCUGUGGUUCCUCUGAUGGGCCGUGUGGUUCCUCCCGUGGUUCCUCCGAUGGGGCCUGUGGUUCCUCUGGUGAGGCCCCCCGUGGUGGUUCCUCCGGUGAGGCCCCCCGUGGUGGUUCCUCCGGUGAGGCCCCCCGUGGUGGUUCCUCCGGUGAAGCCCCCCGUGGUGGUUCCUCCGGUGAGGCCCCCCGUGGUGGUUCCUCCGGUGAGGCCCCCCGUGGUGGUUCCUCCGGUGAGGCCCCCCGUGGUGGUUCCUCCGGUGAAGCCCCCCGUGGUGGUUCCUCCGAUCCUCCUCCCACUGAAGAGCCAGAAGUCUUUUAUCCCCACAUUCCUUUUAAUCCAGAAUUCCUUUGGCCGUACUGGCCUCAGCUUCCAGAAUUUCCUCCUGUCUUUCCUUGUCCUCAAGGAAAAUGUCCAGUGCCUGGACAAAAUAUUCCCUGCAUAA